AUGGUUUUAUUCGUUAUAUUCAGUCUAUCCAGGUAUCCUGCAAGCUUCUUGGUAACUAGCCCAGUGGCUGAUAUAAUUACAGGGAUAACAUGUACUGCUUUUAGGGUGUAUCCCAGUAUAGCCGAUAAUUUUCGUUAUCAAGAACUGGAGCAGGUUCGACUUCUGCGUUUCUGUUGCUGUGAGCAGUCAAUUCUUCAUCAACCUCAGCGACCCCAUCAGUUUUCAGACAUUAUAGUCGAUACCGCGGAUGGUAAAGUUCGAGGGUCCGAACUUGUGUACCAAGACAAAAGCAUAUACGCUUUCCGAGGAAUCCCGUUCGCGAAAGCUCCCAUAGGAAACUUAAGAUUUCAGGCUCCGGUACCGGCGGAACCAUGGGAGGGUGUUUUCGACUCAAACAAUGUAACUAUAUGUUGCAUUCAAAUGGAUGAUGGUUCCUCAACCACAACUAACCAAAGUAUUAGAACAAUCCAACAGCAGGAAACUGAAGAUUGUCUCCGUAUUAACGUGUUCGCGCCCAAAAGAAACAAUACCGAGCUGUUACCGGUAAUGUUCUCGAUAUACGGGGGUGGUUUUAAAAUAGGAUGUGCUACAGACAACCUUCUAACUCCUUACAAAUUGGUAAACGACGGCGUGAUAGUAGUUUUGGCGAACUACAGGUUAGGACUUUUUGGUUGGUUAUCUACGGGAGACGAUGUUGUCUUGGGCAACGCCGGGUUCAAAGAUCAGUUGUUGGCUUUAAAAUGGGUCCAAAAAAAUAUAGAACAAUUUGGUGGCGAUCCGACAAAAGUUACUAUAUUAGGACAAAGCGCUGGAGCCAUAUCGGUUGGGGCCCACAUCGUCAACAAGAAAUCUGCUGGAUUAUAUAGAGCUGCAAUAUGCCAAAGCGGAUCCGCUUUGUUUAACAUAGCAUUGGUAUCGCAAUACGACCCCAAAGAAGUUGCCUACGAUCUCGCCAAAUUUAUAGAUCCUACAAUUUCAGAGAGAAAUACUUCUACUGAAAUAAAAGACUUUCUUCAGAGUCAACCUGUCGACGUACUAAGUCAAGCAUUUACAGCGAACCCGAAACUUCAGUUUGAUCCGAUCAUCUGCACUGAAACUUCAUCAUCAUACAAAAUCACAUUACCUAAUUUGCUGACAUUUUUAGAUCUUGAUGCUGUUGAAGCAACUGCUCUAGAAUACGAUACCAACAGCCUCAGCUUGAUACCCAGCGAUUUGAAACCGUUAGACGGCGUCGAUUUGAACGAAGUUGCAAAUGUAAUAAAAGAGACAUACGUCGGCAAAUCCGGAUCAUUUUCAACAAAUUUGGCAGCUGUUGUGGAGUAUAAUAGCGACACCAUGUUUAUAAUAUCGGCGUUAAAGCACGCGGAACUCCAGUCGAAAUAUACGGCCGUUUACUUUUAUGAAUUCUCCUAUGAAGGUCUUCCAUCUCUAUUCCAUAUUAAUGUCGAAGGUCUGGAAGGCUACGUUGCGCACGGCGUAGAGUCUUAUUAUCUUUUUCCGAACUUGAUAAUACCGUCAUUCCCGGAAGACAAUUUGACGGGAGAUAGACUAGUCAGACUUUGGACAAACUUUGCGAAAACGCUAAAUCCCACUCCUGACCUGACGGAUCCACUUCUUAACGUAACCUGGCCGCAAGUUUUGCCUGCGGAUAUUCAGUACUUAAACAUCAAUAAAACUCUAGACGCAAAACGAGACAGGAGAGCCAAAGAGUUUGCCAUGUGGAACCAAACUUACUAUACCUACGGCAAACAACCUUUUAUAGGAUUUUAAAAUCCUACACACAUUAUUAACCAAUGUUUAAUUGAAAACAAA